CACAUUCUGCAUACAGCAUCCGUGCCAGGCUCCAAAAGAGGGAGAUGACAAUGUAAUUGCCGAAAUGCCCAGAAGUUCCUCCGAGCACAGACUGAAAAGAGGACAGGAGCAGGCAGGCUCUAAAAUCGGAGAGUGCAUCACAUAUUAAAAAGUAACUUUUCGGCAGCGCACUGCGAGGCUGAGCACCAGGCAGAGAAGGGGAGCACGCAGCCACAUGGUAUAUUCCUGCCUCUGCCUCUCUCCUCUCUCUCUUUUGGUCCUUCUCUCCGGCUUUCUCUCCCACCUCCUCUCCCCGGUGCUGCCUUCCCCUCUCCCCCUGCCGCAGGCUGCAGAAUGGGACACGCUUGUUCCCCAGCCAGCCGGCAGCUGUCACACAGCGGAGGCAGCCAGCAGCCGGUGCGAAGAGUGAGCCUACUCUGUCAUUUAGGAUGACUCACUGGAAUCUGGCAUUAAUUUCUCUUUUGCUGAUAGUGGACGGAGAACAACCAAAAAGCUACACUGGACUAGACCAAGGGGAAGGAGGCAAGACACAUGACAAAAAUCAUAGAGUGAAAUAGCUGGAAGUCCACCCACUGGGAAAGGCUGGAUGGCAGAACCACUGUGCAAUGCUGCUGUAAAGAAAUGCAAAGAAACUAUGCCCCAGACACCAAUAUUUUCCAGCAUGCUUGGUUCCAGUUGUAGUGGGCAAGUGCAGCCAGACAUGGGAGAGAGAUGUGUGGACCCUGUUUAUCAGGAUGGGAACCUUGUUUCUGGAUCACUGGAGGCCUUGAUAGAGCGCCUGGUGCCCACCAUGGACUAUUAUCCAGAUAGAACUUACAUCUUCACUUUCCUGUUGAGCUCUCGAGUCUUCAUUCACCCACACGAGCUCCUGGCUAAAGUGGGACAGAUCUGCAUUAAACAGAAGCAGCAGCUGGAAACGGGGACUGAGGCAGAAAAGGCAAAACUAAAAUCCUUUGCUGCCAAAAUCAUUCAGCUGCUGAAGGAAUGGACUGAAACUUUCCCCUAUGAUUUCCAAGAUGAAAAAUCCAUGAAAGAAUUGAAGGAGAUUGCUCACAGGAUCACACAAUGUGAUGAGGAAAAUGGGACAGUGAAGAAGAUCAUUAGCCAGAUGACACAGAACCUCCUGAUGGCCCUCUCUGCACGGAGCCAAUACCAGGAAAUCAGAGAGAAAUUCCGGCAACCCGUUACUGACAAAGGCACCAUCCUCAAAACCAAGCCACAGUCAACUCAAAAGGACAUCCUGAGUGUGUGCUGUGACCCUCUGAUCUUGGCACAGCAGCUGACCUACAUUGAACUGGAAAGGGUGAGCAACAUUUACCCAGAGGAUCUGAUGCAGAUUGUGAGCCACAUGGACUCCCUGGAUAAUCACAAGUGCCGAGGUGAUGUGACCAAAACCUAUAACUUGGAGGCCUAUGACAAUUGGUUCAAUUGUCUCAGCAUGCUGGUGGCUACAGAGAUUUGUCGGAUUGUAAAGAAAAAGCAGCGCACAAGAAUGGUGGAGUUUUUCAUUGAUGUGGCAAGAGAAUGCUUCAACAUUGGAAACUUCAACUCGAUGAUGGCUAUUAUCUCUGGCAUGAACUUGAGUCCUGUGGCACGGUUAAAGAAAACUUGGUCCAAGGUCAAAACAGCCAAAUUUGAUGUUUUAGAGCAUCACAUGGAUCCAUCCAGCAACUUCUGUAACUACCGCACAGCCCUGCAAGGAGCAGCACAGCGAUCUCAGACUGCCAACAGCAACAGGGAGAAAAUAGUCAUCCCAGUUUUCAACCUGUUUAUUAAAGAUAUCUACUUCCUACACAAAAUACACACCAACCGCUUGCCCAACGGGCAGAUAAAUUUCAAGAAGUUCUGGGAAAUUUCAAGACAGAUUCAUGAUUUCCUGACAUGGAAGCAGGUUGAGUGUCCUUUUGAAAAGGACAAGAAGAUCCAGAGCUAUCUACUCACAGCACCCAUUUAUAGUGAAGAAGCUCUGUUCAUUGCAUCCUUUGAAAGUGAAGGUCCAGAAAACCACAUGGAAAAAGACAGCUGGAAAACACUCAGGACAACUCUGCUUAAUAGAGCCUGAGAUUUUUGGAUCUGAUUUGCAGACUUUGAAGCACAUCUAAUGAACAUGUUUUUACAACAUGAAUGAAAGACUUGGACUGUGCUAAGAAAGACCUCACUGGAUGAGGUCUGUUUUGUAUAUACAGUAACUUUUAUGAAAUAAAAUGUGGUAAAUAUUUCACAUGUCAACCUUAAGGCACUUACUGAAGGGUUUUGGUUUUUUAUUUUAAAUAUAAGGGCAGGGCCCUGUUCUCAGAGAUGAAAUGUAUCAUGGGAGAUGGUAUCCCUGGGGAGAUCUUAUUCUAUCAGCAUCCAAAUUUUUAUUUUUUAUUACUUCCACCAAAAUAAGUAAAAAUUAAAACACACAUCCAACUGAAGCCAGUGUUCAGGUUAAAUACUCCAUUGGACCAGUACCCUACAGAACACUCAACACGUCUCUAGCUUUGAAAUUAGCAAAACUGUUCACAGGUGUUAGUAAGUGUCUGUAGAGUCAAGGCCUUUGACAUCUGCAGUAAGCAUGUUCCUCUCCUACAUCAGAAAAUAGUGCCUUACAAGGUACUGAUCUCGUUUAGUGUACCUUAUUACGCUGGACUGGAAGUAAAGGAAAUAAAAAUAUGGAUGUCUCGAAACCAGCUACAAUGUACUUUUUAAAUAAAAUGGAGAAUUAUGGCACAUGAAGUAGAGUAUACCUGCCUGUAACACUGAUGGUGCAGCAAACCUAUUUUUGUUACAUGAUUUAAAGAGAUAAGACGGGAUAACUGCUGGGGUAUGUGCGUUUGUGUGUGAGUAUGUGUGCGUGCACAGGUGAUGAUGCACACAUGUCUAAGUUUUAAUACUUCUGGGAACUAUCCUUUAAAUUCUGGCUGUCAGAGUAGUUUGUGUUUUCCUUUUGAAAAAUCAGGGAUUUUUUUGUUUGUUUGUUUGAAGAGAAGGAUGUCUAACCUAGAUUAUCUCUGCAAAACAGGCCUAGUAUUUUGUUUUAAAAAGAGUUUUUGGAAAAUAAAAAAAAUCAUCACGGGCUAGGGAAAGGGAAGUAAACUCAGAUGUCCAAUUUGAAGUUAAGGCUAAAGUUUCCAAAGAAGCUUAAGAGUUCUUCACCACUGAAUUGGUCAUUUAAUUCCCUUGGUUCCUUUGAAAAGUCUAGUCUGCACUUACAGACAAUUAAAACAGAGACCAAUUUAGGAUGCAAGCUUUUUCUAGUCUUUUGCAAGGCAUGUCUGGGCCAGAACCCAUUGAAAUUUAAGGGCAAACACCAUAAGAAAUUAAUCAAACCUUUGAACCCAGGUCAGUACCAAAAUUAGAGGUGAUCUGCAAACCCAUUUCUAGUUUCUCCUUUUAGUGUUGAGUUUACACCUAAUUCAGCUAUUCAAAUUAGUACCUGAAGA